AGCUUUCUGGAAACGGAAAAAUGGAGAAGGAAUAAAAAUUGUGAAGAGGGAAAAGCAGAACACCGGGAGGGAAUGAUGAGGUGCGGACUCAGAACAACAGAGUGAGAGAGACAUCUCUGAAUCCAACAAAGUUUCAUUUUUUUCUUUCUCGCUUCUCUCUCUCACUUUCUUGCUGCCCAAACAACCAAACGAAUGCUACUGUCUCUCUCGCUCUCCUUUUCUCUCGCUUUUUUAUUCAUAUCUCUAGCUCGGUGUCCUUCUGUUGCCUCAUCUCUGGUCCAAACGCCUACAGUACCCCAAAGAAAGUGAUAUAAAGAGAAAAGGGAGCUUUUUACAGGGAGGUAUAUAUAUUUUUAGCUUUUUCUCUGUCCAGGAUUUGUAAUGGGAGCUCGUUGCUCCAAGUUGUCGCUCUGCUUUUGGCCGUCGAAUACCAAUCUCAACGACUCAUCCGAUAUCGAGAAUGGGAGCAGGAACGAGGACUCGUUGCCUGGGUUCAGCGAGUUUAGCUUGGAUCAACUCAGGGUUGCUACUGGGGCAUUCUCUUCGGAGAACAUUGUCUCGGAGCACGGAGAGAAAGCUCCCAAUGUUGUGUAUAGAGGAAAGCUCGCAGACGAUCGCUGGAUCGCUGUUAAGCGCUUCAACAAGUCGGCCUGGCCCGAUACUCGCCAAUUCCUAGAGGAAGCAAGGGCGGUGGGUCAGCUGAGGAACGAGCGGCUGGCGAAUUUAAUAGGAUGUUGCUGUGAAGCGGAGGAGAGGUUGCUGGUUGCCGAGUUCAUGCCUAACGAGACUCUUUCUAGACAUCUUUUUCAUUGGGAGACCCAACCCAUGAAAUGGGCAAUGAGGCUGAGAGUGGCUCUGUAUUUGGCACAAGCUUUGGAUUAUUGCAGCAGUAAAGGCAGGGCAUUGUACCAUGACCUUAAUGCUUACAGAGUUUUGUUUGAUAAGGAUGGUAAUCCCAGGCUCUCCUGCUUUGGCCUUAUGAAGAAUAGUCGAGAUGGCAACAGCUAUAGUACAAACUUGGCCUUCACCCCUCCAGAAUACUUGAGAACAGGAAGGGUGACAGCUGAAAGUGUAGUUUACAGUUUUGGCACCCUAUUGCUUGAUCUCCUCAGUGGCAAACACAUCCCCCCAAGUCAUGCGCUUGACCUGAUACGUGGGAAAAAUUUUCUGAUGCUGAUGGACUCAUGUUUGGAGGGUCAUUUCUCGAACGAUGAUGGAACUGAAUUAGUUCGAUUAGCUUCACGUUGUUUACAGUAUGAGCCUCGUGAGAGGCCAAAUGCUAAGUCUCUUGUGAUUGCUCUUGCUCCUCUUCAGAAAGAAACAGAGGCCCCUUCCUAUGUGUUGAUGGGCAUACAACAUGGAAUGUCAUCCCCAAAAGAAACAGUGCCAUUAACACCUCUGGGUGAAGCUUGCUCAAGAAGGGAUCUUACUGCAAUACACGAAAUACUGGAAAAGGUUGGAUAUAAGGAUGAUGAGGGAGUUGCAAAUGAGCUUUCCUUCCAGAUGUGGACAAAUCAAAUCCAGGAAACACUGAAUUCUAAGAAGCGUGGUGAUAUCUCUUUUCGAUCUAAGGACCUUGCUACCGCCAUUGAUUGUUAUACACAAUUCAUCGAAGGUGGGACCAUGAUAUCGCCGACUGUGCUUGCCAGACGCAGCUUGUGUUACUUGAUGAGUGACAUGCCACAAGAAGCUCUUGGAGACGCAAUGCAAGCUCAGGUAAUACAUCCUGAUUGGCCUACUGCCCUCUAUCUUCAAGCAGCUGCCCUCUUCAGCCUUGGGAUGGACAAUGAUGCACAUGAAAGUCUCAAAGAUGGCUCAUCCUUGGAAGCUAAAAAACAUACAAACUGAAAGUGUAUAGCAAUUUUCUUCUUUCAUUAGCCAAAAAAAAAAAAAAAAAGGAAGGAAAAAACAAAAGUAAAGUACUUCAUGUAUCUAUCCAUGUGUAUUUUUCUUAUGGCAUGAGUCCCCGCAGCACCUGAGGUGUGUUUGCUGGUUCAUGUUUAUGUCUUGACAUCGAUCUAUAAUUUUAAUUAUCUCAAUCUUAAGUUGCUUCUAAGUU